AUGCGCCUGCUACUCCUCACCCCGAUGUGCGCCUGCGCGGCGUUUGUCCUGCCAGCGCUGGGACCGCGCGCGGCCGCGCCGCGCGCGGCCGCGCCGCAAGAGGUCCUCCCCGAGCCGCGGGUGGGCGACGUCGUGGCCUUCGCCGGCGACUGGCCCGGCGAGACGAGCGUGGGGCAGAUCCGCUCGCUGCAGCCGCGCGGCGACCGGUGGCUCGCGGACGUCGUGCCGCUGGAGGACCAGGCGGGCGACGUGUGGCGGCUGCCGGCGGCGGCGCUGGCGCGGAAGCGGCGGACGGCCGUCGACGUGGCGGAGCUCGUGCCGCUGGAGGCGGCCCCCGCGGCCGAGGACGACGCGUUCGUGCUCACGGCCACGGAGCCGUCCGCGGCGAUCAAGCCCCUCAGCGGCAGCGCGGCGGGCCUGCUGGCGCGCGCGGCCUCGUACCGGGCGCUCGCCCCGGACUUCAAGCCCAAGGGCGGCCGCGCGAGGGUCGACUACGCCGCCGAGGAGCGGUCGCGGGAGGAGUACGCCGCCCUGAAGCGGCAGCUGCUGACGGACUCCGCCCUGGCGUCGGCGGCCGGCCUGGUCGCGGUGACGGCCGCGACGCGCGACCUCGACGACGCGCGGGCCUUCGCGCUCGGCGCGGCGGGCGGCCUCGCGUACGUCGCGGGGCUCAGCGCCUUCGCGGACCGCGCGGGCGACGACCGGCGGGAGGGGCUCUUCGACGUCGACCUCAGCAAGUACCGGCUGGCCUUCCCCGCGGCCGCGUUCGUGGCGCGCGCGCGGCGCCGACCGGCGGGGCGCCUUCGACGUCGCCGGGCCGCGGGGCGGCGCGGCGGCCCCGACGCGCGCGCGACGCGACGCGACGCGCCGGUCCCCCCGCAGGUGCUCGCGGCCCUCGACGCCGCCUCCGGCAAGGGCGGCGGCGCGCUGCGCGUCAUCCCGUUCGACGAGUUCGCCUGCGCGGCCCUGGGCGUGGUGGCGUACCGCGUGCCGCUGCUCGCGCGGCAGGUCUUCGGGGGCGGCGGCGCCGAGGACAUCGCCGCGAUGCUGCCCGGGUCGCUGGGCAAGGGCGCGCGGGAGCUCGUCAAGCAGCGCGACGCCGCCGCGGAGGACGGCGACGGCGAGGCGGAGGCGCUGGCGGCGGCCGCGCGGCGCGCGCGGCAGACGGUGCUCGUGGUCUGCGGCCCGCCGGGCGCGGGCAAGAGCACCCUGGUCGACCGGCUGGUCGCGGCCGACCCGCGGUUCGCGGCGCCGCGGUGGCUCAGCACGGACCGCGACUCGGCCGACGACGUCGUGGACGAGGCCGCGUUCGACGGGAGGGACGACCUGGCCGUGGUCUUCGGCGGCGACGAGGCGCUCGCGGAGGAGGAGACCACGCUGCUGGAUCGGGCGGUGCCGAAGAAGCGCGGCCUGGCGCGCGCCGAGCUCGUCGACCGGGCGGACGGCAAGACGUGCGUCCUGGACUGCGACGUCGAGACGGCGCGGCGGCUCGAGGGCCUGGCGGGCGUGCGCCUCGUCGGCGUCUGGGUGUCGCUCGAUUCGCUCGGCGCGCUGCGGGAGCGGCUCACCAAGGUCGAGGCCGGGCGGGCGCUGGCCCGGAGCGACGACGUCGACGCCGCCCAGGUCGCGGCCGUCGUGUCGGAGCGGCUCUCGACGGUCGUGGACGACAUCGACUUCGGCGUGCGCUCGCCCAUGUUCGAGUUCACGAUCAUCACGAGCGACGCGGAGGCGCUCUCCUUCGCGAAGCUCCAGAAGGCGGCGGCGUACGUCUUCGACGGGUGACUAAAUUUAUGCGGCUAGGCUCUAGAGGUCCUCCUCCUCGGCCGCGGCGAUUUCGUCGGCCGAGGGCGCCAUCGAGGGGUCCACGACGCCGCUCUCCUUCGCGAAGCUCCAGAAGGCGGCGGCGUACGUCUCCGACGGGUGACUAAAUUUAUGCGGCUAGGCUCUAGAGGUCCUCCUCCUCGGCCGCGGCGAUUUCGUCGGCCGAGGGCGCCAUCGAGGGGUCCACGACGCCGCUCUCCUUCGCGAAGCUCCAGAAGGCGGCGGCGUACGUCUCCGACGGGUGACUAAAUUUAUGCGGCUAGGCUCUAGAGGUCCUCCUCCUCGGCCGCGGCGAUUUCGUCGGCCGAGGGCGCCAUCGAGGGGUCCACGACGCCGCGGAGGAAGUCCAUCGUUGCCGCGUUUUUUAUGGCGGCGACGACGUCCGCGCGCGUGAUCACUUUCUCGUUUUCCUGGCCCUUCGCGGCGCGGAGCGUCAGCUCCAGGACGAAUAAUUCGCACGCCCGCGCCAGGACCACCGGCGCCUCGGCCGAAAUCAUGCGCACGUCCUCGUCCGACUUCAUUAUCCGUUUGAUGCGCGCCAGCGGCAUGCGCGGCGGACGACAGCGCACUUACGGCCAAGCCAACGGCCAGACCGACGCCGCGCCCGACUAUCAAACCGACGGCGAAGCCGACGACGAAGCAGUUCCCGACGUGCGGCGUGCGCAUCAACCUCGGCAACGGGGCCGGCUUCCAUUGUGAGACCGAUCCCGCGGCGACCGAGCACGCCGGCAAGAAGAUCGUCUUCGCGUGCUGCGACGCCGACAUGGGUUACAGCACGUGCACGCGGGCGGACGCGGACGGCCAGUGCUACGCGGGUUUCCUGAAUCCGCUAUCGAAUUUCGCGCCGAAGGACUGGCACGAGGCCACGAACGUGUGCGCGGCCGAAGGCAAGGUCCUCUGCGGCGUCGAGCAGCCGUGCCAGAACAGGGGGUGCCACUACAACUACCACUACCAGUGGACGGGCGAGGAGUGCCAGGCCGGCGACGCGGGCCUGCCGGCCGCGUGCGCGGCUGCGUGA